CUAGUGUUGGAAGAUGGCGCCUCCCUCUAUCUUCCUCUGGCAGCCCAGUGAUUUGAUGGAUAUCUGAGUGGAACAGGGUGAGCCAACUUUUAACCGUAUCUACCUCGUAAGUUGCUAUGUGUGCUGGAGAUUCUAAAUCUCUAGUACCUCAGGGACGUGAACAGAACCGCCAUGUUGAGAGAGCCCGAUAUAAGGCGAUGUGAUCAGAGAGCAGUUACGAUGUGAAAUUCGUGAGGCCCACGGUUUAACCAGAAACACGGGUGACGUACUUCUACCUCAUGCUUCGCUCAUGGCCGCUGCAUUUUCCGACUCGUUCGGUGAGCAGCUGUCCUGUCCCCUAUGUUUGAGCAGAUUCGACGAUCCACGAGUGUUACCAUGUCUCCAUACAUUUUGCAAAAAGUGUUUGGAGACAGAGCUACGCGAUUCCGGGGGAGGGGGUGGGGGUGGCCUCGGCAUCAACUUCGGUUGCCCCACUUGCCAACAAAUGGUUUCCCUAAACUCAGCCGGUCUGGAAAGUCUCCCCUCCAACUUCUUCAUCAACAACAUCAUCGAUGUGAUGGUAUCCCACGAGGACGAGUUCGAAAAUGGCGAGCAAGAGAGGGACAGGGGGCUGACAAGAUGGUGCAGCUCAUGUGAUGAGGGAAGCCAAGCUUCAUCUUUGUGCAAGAAUUGUAAUGAGUAUUUAUGUGAUAAUUGUGUCAAAGCUCACCAGCGUGUAAGGCUGACUAAAGAUCAUUACAUUGAAAGACUGCCGAAGAUGAGAUACUCGCCACCCUCUCUCUCCCACCCUGAUCCGUCACCCACCCAUUUUUCUGAUAGUAGUCGGUCCCUUACGAGUUGUGAUAGCCAUGAACAUGAAGUAUUACGACUGUUCUGUGACACAUGUGCCCUAGCCAUAUGUAGGGAAUGUACCAUGUCAGAGCACAUGGGUCACAGUUUUAUCUACCUCCAGGAUGCUAUUGAUAAUUCCAAGACAAUCACACUGAAACUUUUGGCCGAUGCCAAAGCAGGGAUCAAAGCAUUAGAAGAAAGCAUCCACUUAACCCAGGGAAUGGCAGAACGAGUUGAGGUUCGUGCACAAGCAGUAGCAACAGAGGUAAGAGCAACAACACGUAGACAUAUGACCGCUUUGGAAGAGAGGGAGAGGGAAUUACUGCGACGGGUAGAGAAAAUACGCCAAGUCAAAGCCAAAUCACUUCAUUUACAAGUCGAUGAUUUGAAACAUGGACUUUCAUCACUCAGUCAAACUGUAGAUGAAGUUGAAGUCCUACUGAAUACGGGUACUGACAUUGACAUUUUGAAAACGAAGGAUCGUAUGGUCUCUGAAAUACAGAACAUGCGGCGUCUCAGGGGCCAUAUGCAGCCACAUGAAGAUGAUAACAUUCUAUUUACUCCCCCAGAUGCAGCCUUGUACAAUGCCAUCAGUAAAAUGGGCUUUAUUAGUAGCAGUGCUUAUGCACCUAAUUCCUGUGCAACCGGCGAUGGCUUGAAAAGAGCUUUAAAAGGAAAACUAGCUUUGUUCAUGGUUCACACCAAAGAUCACCACGGAGAGGGGCGUGUGAUGGGAGGCGACCCACUGGAAAUCAUCAUUCAAAGUCCAGAGGGAGCUCUGUAUCGAACAGAGGUCAUUGAUAGGCAAAACGGUUCCUAUGCUGUCACAUAUCGCCCACAAACAGAAGGGCAGCAUAUCAUCUCUGUCACAAUCCGGGGUAAGCAUAUCAGAGAGAGUCCCUUCACCGUCAACGUGAGAAGCGGGCGCAACUAUGCGGCAAUCGGACGUGGCAUAUUCCAGUUCGGUGGUGAAGGGGACGGAGAUGGGAAACUGUGUCGCCCUUGGGGCGUGUGCUGUGACAGGGAUGGUUAUGUUAUUGUUGCAGACCGCAGCAACAACAGAGUGCAGGUGUUCAGCCCGGACGGAGCAUUCCACCACAAGUUCGGAUCCCCUGGCUCCAGAAACGGCCAGUUUGACCGCCCAGCGGGCGUCUGCGUAGACCUUCAAGGACGUAUAAUCGUUGCAGAUAAGGACAACCAUCGUGUGCAGCUUUUCACGUUUGAAGGCAAUUUCGUGUUGAAGUUCGGAGAAAAGGGAAAUAAAAACGGACAGUUCAACUAUCCCUGGGACGUGGCAGUCAAUUCUGAUGGUAAAAUACUGGUGUCUGACACACGCAACCACCGCGUUCAGUUGUUCACCCCCGAUGGCCAGUACCUGAACAAGUAUGGUUUUGAGGGCCCACUCUGGAAGCACUUCGAUUCACCACGUGGCGUAUGUUUCAAUAAUGAUGGACACAUCGUUGUGACAGAUUUCAACAACCAUCGUCUACUCGUCAUCCACUCUGAUUUCCAGUCGGCACGCUUCCUCGGGACAGAGGGCAGUGGCAAUGGACAGUUCCUACGUCCACAAGGUGUCGCUGUCGAUCAGGAAGGAAACAUCAUCGUGGCAGAUUCAAGGAAUCACCGAAUCCAAGUGUUCCAACCCAACGGCAACUUCCUGUGCAAGUAUGGCACCCAGGGCGCUGGACCUGGCCAAAUGGAUCGGCCGUCAGGUCUGUGUGUCUCCCCAGACGGGUAUGUGAUUGUUGUGGACUUUGGGAAUAACCGUGUAGAAGUUUUUUGAGGGCUUCACAGUGAAAGACCGUGAGGGUCAAGCCCUUGCAGUGUCAUCUGCAUCCACUUGUGCUCAGGCAUGCUUCUCAGGUGACUUAAUUGUGAAGCCAAAGGCAUCGUCAGCUCAGGGAUUUUCUAUAUAUACUUAGUUACAGAGUACCUGCCAUUGUGCUUAUAUGAUUUUGUCAGCUUUACCCAACAUAUUUGUGUAGGGCAAAUUGUCAGUUCUUUAUACGAAUCUUCCCCCGUUACUCCAUAUCAUGAAGUAUGGACCUUUAGUUCAGAUAAUAAAAUUUUACAAUAGUUUCAUCAAAUGAUGAAAUUCAUUCAGGCAAAAAUGUGUUGGGUAGAUUUGAUAAGUGAGUUAUAUUUAUUAGCUAAAGAUUGUUUGCUAUGUGUUUUCAGAUGCCUUCUCAGCAUCUAAGUGUCACAAUGUGACUUUAAUUCCUUCAAUGUCUUUAUUUUAUAAGACAUAAAUAUCGCCUGUUAAUGUUUUGCAUAUAGAGAUGUAUGCUGAGCCAGUGUGUCCGCUCAGCUUAAAGCCAUCAAAGUAUAACCGUUACUCUGAACUGACCGUCAUUCCCUGGCCGAAAGUCUAGAUUGUGCAAGACUGUUUAAAUGUCUGUUUAGCGCAAACCAGUCUACCUCUCGCUGUGUCACUGUUAGCUCUAAGCAAUAGGCAGUGCCAAUGACAGGAUCCUCCAAUAAAUAUCAAUUUCUGAUCUCACAUCUCGGGCAGCGCAGGUCUGUGCUCACAUCGAGCAUUUUUAUUAUACGAUAUGAGUUGCGGGAUGAUUUGAGGAUAAGACAAGAUAAAUUAGUCCUUAUUAAUAUUUGUCUUGUAUCAGCAAAACAUGAAUGUAUUCAAGCUCCAUCUAAUCACAGCUUUACCAACAGCCUCUUAAAUCUGCAUUCAAAAUCAACUCUCUGGAGUUACCUCCCUUUACUAACAACCUAGGGGUUUUUCAUUAUCCACUUAGCUUCAAGUAGCCAAUGUAUUGAAAAAUCCAUUCAUUCCCUUUUAUAACUUCUAUUAGUGAAGAGACCAAAAUAAGUGCAAUGUCAACUUUUUUGAACAUUUUUUCCGCAGAUCAGUUCAAAAUGACAUGAAAACAUGAAAAUCUUUUUCGUCAUUUUUAUUUUAUGGAUUUUUUUAAAAAAAUGUAUAAGAGAUGCAAGUGAGUAAAAGGAUAAUUGAUGCCAAUUCUGGGUAUUACAGUUUAACUGUCAAACAUUUACUCUUGCUAGGUUGGGUCUUGCACAAUGUUGACAGUGCCGUCAAUAGUAGAUGCUCAUUCUCCAGGUCAACCAAGCCAAAAUAAGCGCUAAAGUGUUUAUUUUGGUACUACCUCAUGUCAGUCUGUGUUACUAUGGUUAUAGACUACAGAAUUCAGUCUGUAAUGCGGCACUUGCAGAGAUACUGUAUCUUCUUACUUUCAUUUUUGGUAAGGUAUGAAAAUUGCUAUUAUUUACGAGAGCACUGUAGUUAUUUCAAAUAAUGAAGACGUGCAGUCAUUGAUGUGAAUUUUCAAUUAAUGCAGAUUUUUUGCCUUGGAAAUGUUUUGGUGUGGUUUGGAAGCAUAUUGUAACCAUGGUUUCAAAUUUUUGGAUGGUACCUCUCUCCUCAAUGAGGAAUAUUUCAUGUGUUCUGGUCUCUGACCAUUGUGACAUUUAAUGCUCUGUUCAAUCAAGUUAAGCAACAUGCUGCAUUCAUCGGUUUCAAUACUUAAUCAAAAUACUUAAAAACAAACAGUGAAACAUACAUGAUAAUUUUCAAGUGAACAUUUGCAUGUGUUUCAAUAUACAUUAAUCUGAAAUGUAAAUUUGUGGAUAAAAGUUAUGUAUUGUAAAUAAUUGACAUUAAAAAUUCUGAUUGUAAAAUUUUUUUUUACUUUGGAAAAUAUAGGGGAAUUUAUACAGCAGAUUUGGUAUGUAGCAAGAUCAGAUAUUCAAUAUAUGUUUUGGCUGUUUUGUUAAAUCGUCUUUAAAGUUUCAAACAUGAGUAAAUAAGUAGAAUACGUUGUAAUUCACCUCUUUAUGCUGUCCAUGUUGGCUGGGGAUUUCAAAUUCAGAAUGGUCACUUUGUGGUCAGUUAUGAAGUCACUUGCAGGAUGAAGUUUUUGUCAGAGAUAUUCAAGAUUGGAAUCUGGUCUUUCAUGAACUGAUUUGUGAUAAGGAGAGGUACAUUGAAUUUGAAUGAAGACUUAGACCCCAAAAUGCUAUGAGUGGGGAUUUUUCUAGACCUGCUCGGAGGCUAGUAUGUGGUCCCUAGAAAGCAGCAAAUUUGAAAAUUACCAAAUUAGAGUUUUAUCUAACGUGAUGGCUUGGUCGGGUCAACUUAUCUUUCACUGAUAUCAGAUAAGGACAGAUAGGGUAACUUUUAUGCACUGUUUUCCAUUGUUGUGUGUUAUGUUAGGAGACCUGAAUUUAAGAAGGGCGACUAUGCUUGUUGAAAGAGGCUCGCUGACUUGGUUGGUGCAUGUCAUUGUAUCCGAAUUGCGUGGAUUGAUGCUUAUGAUCAUGCUUAUGACUCGGUUAUUUACAGACCGCUGUCAUAUAGCUGGAAUAUUGCUGCGUGUAACAACAAACAAAAAAUUUAAGAAAAUAGUAUCUUUACAGAAAGUGAAAUAAAAACACUCUCUUUUCCAGUUUACUUGCCAAGAGCUCUCAGUUUGGAAUCCUAGAUAAAUCCCUUGAGACAAAAAAUACCCAAAUCCUUUUGCAUGAUCUUCAGUCAUACUUUGCAAAAUUUAUUGAUUUACUGAUAGUGGAAAGUAUUUGUAAUUUAUGAGAAAUAGUGUGUUUAGAAUGUAUAUUUCACUAAAGAAAUUUGGUUUAAAGUUCAGUUCUUAUAUUUAAAGUAAUUUCAACAGCUUUAUGAUGUUUUAACCUUCGCAUGUGAAGAACCUUUGGUAAAUCACUAUUUCUUUUUGGAAUAAUUUAAUUCAAAGCAAUAAAACUAUAAUUGCUGGAGUUCAUAUAGUUUUGUUCACACAUUUAUGGCAUCACAAUGAUCUAUUUUUUACCGUAUUAAAUGAUUGACUCGUUAAUUUCAAAAGUGAUAGGCCUGUCAAGUUAGCAUUUGAAUAUUUUCGUCUCAAAAAGCCUGACCUGUCAUUUUCUGUUAUGAAAUCACCCCCUCUCUCAGGCGCUCUGGAAACAAUUCAAUCCAAAUUUUCAAACUUCAAUAUGGUUUUAUUUCAGUCAUUAAGUUGUUUGACUUUCAACAAUCUGAUUCUUCAACCCGAUCAUCUGGGAAUUGUCUCCUAACCUAGCAAAGAACACAAACAUUAAUAUCCCCAGUUAGCAUUCAAGGCUCAUUUGCCACCAUCUUGGGAUCUGAGACCUCUGACAAGGAUGAAGGAUGGAGAACAACCUGCCUUUGAUCUAGCCAGCUUGAGAAAGACCAUUUGUUACAUCACUUUAUCUAAGCGGCCCUAAUUGAGUUUGAGAUGGCUGCAGUUUGAUUUAAUUAGGGACCUCUCCUUUCUUUCUUGACAUUCAAUUGAAGUGUCAUUUGAGGCCCUGGGCAGCUGUGUACCUUAUGUAACAGGGUAAUAACGUAUUUGGAUGGAGUCCUUGUUUUCUCUUUAUGGGCCCUUGGUGGAAGGAUGCACGACCAAGCCAUCAGUCUUAACUACAGGAUUAAAGGCAAUAUAUUCCUUUGUAUGCCCCUGUAUGUGGGUUGAAAUCCCUGAUUAAAGGCUUCUAAUGUUAGUCUCACUUGUUUGGUCUCGGUUUUAUUCAUUAGAAUUCCAAACGCGGAAUUUUGUCAGCUUUUGUUUUUUCCGGCCAAUCUAUUUCAUUUUUGGAAUAUUUUUUUGUCAGUUGUAAAUGUAGGUGUUGAAUUACAAAAGUUUUUGUUGUUGUUUUUUUUUUUAACAAUUCUUGACAUGCAUGAUAUUGGUUUGCAUUAAGGAUUAGAUUUGUUGAUUGUACAGAGCGUUAAAUGUCAUAGUGGAGGAACGCUGUUAAUGACAAAACAAAUAUACCUCAUUAUCGUGUGGCAUUUCAUGUUUGCAUUAUAAACAACCAAUGUGUACAGCUUAUAUGUGUGUUGUGCGUGGACGCAGUGCUUGGUAAAUUUUGAUACACUAUAUACUUGACUAGCCUUGAGAAGGCAUAAACUGGAGUUAUUUUCACACACUAUUUAUACCUGUGAAAUGGGUCAUGUUGACGCUAGUCGAACUGGUAAAUACCGUCACUGCUUGUUGAUGUUGAUAAAUUAGAACGUUGACUUGUACAUCUGCGCACUGUGAUUCAACAUUGCUAAAAUUUCAUGGGGGAGAGAUGUUAAGAAGCUUCUUUUUAAAAAAAAAAUAUUUAAAAAAAAUAUCUGUAGACUUUAUGUUAUGAUUUCAUGUAAAUUAUAAAUGACUACCUCAGUUACAAGUUGAUAUUUAUCGUUUAGUGAAGCUUUCAUCUGCCUUGCACCCAGUCUCAUAUCGAAUACUGCUUUAGCCCCAAUGCUGUGUUUGUUAAGAACAAACUAGCUUGUGUACAUAUUGUAUGCUUCCUCGUGUAUGGACUAUAGACUUAACUGAUAUUGUUCCUGUAUCCAUUAGCUCAUUCUUUCAGAAAGUCGGAAGGCGAUAUCAGCUUGUUAUUAUUGGUAAAUCUAUGUUGAAACAUGUGUAACAUGUGAAACAUGUCAAAUUGAAAACCAUGAGUUUUAAUCAAGAUUGCUACACUGGUACCUCAAGACUUUGGCACUGCCAUCUCGAUAGCAGAACUUUUGUAUAUAGAUAUUGUAGCUUUUUGCAUUGUGUAGGUAGGUCCGAAAAAAACUAACUGUUGCGGGUAUAUGCUUUGAUAAGACCGAUUUCAUAUAUAGGGUUUCCUUCACCGGAAUGCAGAUUUUGCGCUUUAUAUAUUUGGCUUUUGCCUCAUGACCAUUUCUACCUCAACUAACUGAAGGGAUGGGGUGGAUGGGAGGUGGGGAUGGGGUGAGUUUGAGGGGGUGGGUCAUAGACCGCUGUUAGCAUAGUGCCAGUUGGCCAGCGCUGUCCCUAUGCAAGUGUAUUGUUUAGCUUUCUCGGGCUCUGGGUUUGGGCGAGAGGGGUUGCUCUGUACCCUGUACAGCCGUCUGUUUUGUUGAGUGUCGGGAUUGUGAGCCCACGUUUUGUGCAUAUAUGUUAAUGUAGAUUAGGAUUUUCUGUGUUCUGCAGAGGCUGUGCUGAUCUCAAAGAGAGAGAAUUUGGUUAUUGUUGACCUUGUUACCAUGGUUACCUCAAUUACUUGACCUUGUUGCUAUGGUUACCUCAACUUUUGCAUCUGAAGUCCUGAAAGGCAUACUUCAAGUGAAUGGCAUUUGUUGACUGUGACCUUGAAUACCUCAAAGGUGUGUCUCUUCACUUUUCGAUAUUAGGUAUAGCCUCCACCAUAUUUAGCCAGUGUGCCAGUCUUUCUUGGCGUCAGAUGUUUUGAACGAGUCGUUACAUAUACUUUUGCAUUCAUCGGUUGAUUGGCAAAAAGAAAAAGUAAUUUGAUAUUUGAUAUCCUCAGACCCUUUUUUUUGUUGUAAUUUUUAAAAAAAACUUUUCUCAAGUUCUGCCUAUAAGCAAAUUAGUGUUAAAUAUGUUACUGGAACGUUCACCGUAGAGACAAUAAGGGGAGCAUCUCCUGUCUUUAUUGCACCAAUCUACCUUCAAGAACCAGCAAGUAAUGGCGCGAACACUGUGUCAUUGUUUCUAUAUAUGCUGACUGCUUUUGUUAACCUGCCAUUGAUGUGAUGACUGUUACAGCAUGGUGCCUCCUAACGUGGCUCAAUAUUUCAUAAUACUUUAUCAAGGAUCUGCUACCUCUUUGUCAGCCAGUAACGGGCUUUCCUUGUACGUGUUUGGAUUUCGCUACUCAGGAUAGUCCUAACUCCUAUACUCAAGUCAGAUGAUGUACCUCUGUGUUGCUUGGCAACGUGCUCCUGUAUCUUCACGUCCCAGCCUCGUCUUAUCACGGAUUGGUUUGUCACUAGCAUCUGUGGUCAGGGUUUCUAUGUGUUGUGCUAUUUCUCCUUUAGUGCGUGUACAGGUUUCACAUUGGAGUUGGGCAUUGGUGUAUGAAGUGUUGGUUUCAUUACACAUCCGAUUUGAAAUUCACGUUUGAAAAGUAAAACCAUUUUUCUGCAGUAUGGUUAUGUGUGAUGAAAACCAACAUUUAAUGUGUCAUUGACCUGAAAGAAAAAUUUCUUGUAUUUUAGAGAUUUAGAGAUAGAUGUCACGGUGUUAUCAUUAUUAGUGAGUUAUUUCAAGAUGUUCAAGGUUAUAUUUAUGGCAACUUCUUGUUGUGCAAAUGCACACAACCCAAACUGUGUCACCUUGACACUACGACACAGAAUAACUUAUUGAUAAGUGGCUUACAAACUGUCAGCAGACUGUGGCUUGAUAUUUGUCUUGUUUUCACUCCAUUUAGUCCAUGCUUUGGAACUUCGAAAUGAGAUUUCCCUUCCAAAAUAAGUGGUUACAGCAUUAUUAUAUUGCCAUUUGGUGGACAGUUUGUAUGCAUCCGCAUUGAUUUGUCUGUGAAUUAAGUGUCGAAUAAUUCCAUGACAACCAUCAUCUUUGUUGCCAUGGUAACUGUCUAUAUUAUGUAAUCACAGAAUGGCUCUGUGCAUUGUCAAAUGGCAAGUCUUGAAAAAUUGAUAAUGCAAUUUUCUUACAUCGAAUUACAUUGUUAGACCACUAAUUCUAAUGGCAAUCUUGUUGUUAGGCCUCUUGUUAAGUUUCCCAGUAAGUUGUCUGACUGCUUCAUGACAGAGGCAUAACCUGCUCACAGGCAGCUAAAAUGGCAGGGCCAUGUUUUAAACAUGGCCGAUGCCAGGGCAGGAUACUUGUAGAAGAAAGACAACAUACAUACUCCCUUAAUGGGUAAUAUAAUAGCGCUAUCAUCUCACUACACAAACCGUAUUAUCAAAUAUUUCUCUUUGAUGCCAUCAUUCGAGUAGGAGGGAGUGUUUCCACAUAGUUCAUUGUCAGUUUGACAUGUCAGAAUUUUUCUCACUAUGACUAUGAGAAGAAUAUGGAUGAACGGCCAGUGUAGCUUACAAGGGAAUGUGGUUUAAGAAUGCUCUUCAUUGAUUUGUUUGACUCCCAUAUGUUUGACACCCAUAUGUUUGACUCCCCACAUGUUUGACUGUUAAAUAGACAGUGGAACCCUGUUAGUCCAGCCAUUGUUAGUCCAGGAAUAUAAACUUUAUGAUGAACUGUUGUUCGUAGCCUAUGAGCAAUCACUGCUCUGUUGAAAUUAUGAACCAAAGUCAAGGGUGAUUUUGGGACCUUAAUGAUAUUAUUGAUUUAGGUGGUCCCUUGAUUCAAACAUCAAGUACCCCUCAGUGUCCUGGACAGUCUGGAUUAUCAAGGUCCCACUUUAGUUGUCUAGAUCGUUGUGACAUCACUACCAUCACGUUGGACUGUAAACUGUUUUUCACACACCUGGCAGCAUAUGUGAACAGUAUGUGUCUUUGUUUCCAAAGCUUAUUAUUCAAUAUGUAAUUCUGUCUGAUCAUUUUUGCCAUAUUGGUCAUGUAGAACACUUCAUUUUGGUGUGGAGUUUUCGACCACCAAGCUCAUUCACUACACUUGUCUGAUACCGAGCAGUAGGUCACGGCCAACAAAGGAGGGUGCCUUUAGGAGACGAUCAGGACAUUGCCAAUCUUAAAUAGUGAAUGAGGGUCACUGACGUGGCUUUGUGAGGCUGGACAAGGAAUAGCCAUUUCCUUUCAGCCAGCUUUUGUCAAUGAAUAGCCGAGCAAAACCAGUGAAGCAUAUUAGCUGGGAAAUACCAGUGAAAAUUCGUAGCUUAAGAAAUGUAACAGCAUUUUGGAAUUAUGUUAAAUGAUCCUCGAGCUAUUUCCGAAUGUUUCAGCAUUGAUGUGGAGAUCUCCAUUGAUCAGUAUUAAAGCGUUUGUUUUUAUCCCUUCGCUUGUGGUUCUGCUGACCGUAAAGUUUGCAAAUGUGGAAUAAAAAAUUAAUUUUAUUUGUUUUUAUUCCCUGUGUGUUGAAACAAAAAAUCUUGUCAUGGGUAGGGGCUCGUCUUGGUGGCAAAAUGGCAUUGAGACAGUAUGUCUGUAAUAAUUACCUUUGUUUACUGUUUCUUGAAUGAUGUUAUAGUUGUAAAAUUGGUUGUGUAAUCUAUCUUUUUUAACCUACCAUCUACGAUAGAAACUAAGAUUUUUAGUCCUCUAGUUUAUAUAAUGAUGACAUAUAGCAAAACCCUUAAAAAUGGCACAUUUCUUCUAUUACUUAUGAUACCUUAACUAUUGGGCAGUUUGGCAAGGACUACGGGACUAGAGCCAAUUUCUAAUUCUGAACUAUACUAUUUAGUAAUCACCAUAAAAAUAAUUGUUUUGUUAUUUAUUUAUUUUUAUUUUUUUAAGCGCUAACCUAUCAUGCCUGUGUUUUGAGAGAGAAGCCUGGGAACCAAGGAAUAAGAAUUAAGAGCUAAAAAUUGAAUUCAGAACAAGUUUCUAAACCAUAGGGUUAUUCCUACAUUAAGGUGCCAUUUUAAAUUUGCAUAAUGCCAUGUGUUACUUAUUUGUACAUUUAUUAGGCAGAUAUGUGAUCAGUACUAAGUAUUAUUUCAAACAGUACUAAAAUAUCCUGAAGUCCCGAAGGCACUCUCCUUUGAAGCCCUGUCCAUCACGCUGAUACAAACAGACAGAAUGUAGCAGCACAUCCACCACAGGUUUGUGUACUCUGUUCUCCAUCUUCCAUAGAUUCGUGAAGCUGAUGUAGCAGUAACUGUCUAGUUUUAUUAAAUGAGGCUAUGUGCCCUAAAGAAGCCUUCAGAAUUCAGGCUAGUCGGCUUGGUUGAGACUACUGAAUUGUGCUGGGGAAAAGUCAAAAUCCAUGAUGGUAGCUCUCAUUGAUUAGUAGCAAUUCAGGCCGGUCAUUCUGAACGAGUUCGCUAUGAUUCAGUUUUACUACAAAUGAACUGAAUAGAACUGACAAAUGUAACAGUUAACAUUUUUGUCUCGUUCAAGCAGGACUAGCUACAAACUCAGAGGGCUAUGGUUUACACUAGUCUUAAAAAAAAAAAUAAGGUUGCACAAAACUUUGGCACAUGUUGUGUGGAAAAUAGUACUGAUCUAAUCUGAGCAGUCAUUGGUCAGAAUAUUGGUUUACCUCUCACAGAAAACCAGGCUGUGACCUGAAUUGAUGGUUAUGAAUAGAAAACUGCAAAUGCAUGAAUUCAUGGUUGAUAUACGAACAUUGUGUACGAACCUGUGAGGUAUUGACGAUUGUGCUGUCGUCUUUUAGUCCUCUGUCACGCCUCAAUUUGUGUCAUUAUGUCAGAUUUGUUUUCUCGGAUCAGUCAACUACGAGUUGACUUAUUUUAAAUACAACAUCUGAUGUUAAAAGAAUUCAAGUAAAAAGGACCUUCGUCUUUACUGAUUAUGUACCAGAUGUUGAUUAUUGUUUGAAACUUUAAGGCCAUAAUUUGAUUUAUUUGGAUUAGGGACUGACUACAGGUUGUUGAAGUGUUAAAGGGAAAAGUAUCUUUAUCCGAAACUAGCUUCUUUUAUUAUAUAAACACUUCUACAGAAGCAAAAAGCUACUUUUUUUCAAUUUGGCAUCAUGUUUUAAUUUCUAUAUGGACUUUAUUAUAGACCUUAUUUUGAAGCUGGUAUUGUAUUUUUAAUUAAAAGAUAACUGAUGCUGGUACAUAAGUAGUUUUUUUAAAAUUAUCUCUGAAAUUUGUAUAUCAUGCAAAGACAUGCAUAUUGAAUUUCAUGUUAACAAAACGUGUCAUUUUCUCAAGCUAUUGCCUUUGGGCUAAAAUAUCUGUAAUCCAAGUUAUGGCCUUAUGUGAUUAGAACCAAUUGUAAAUAUUGAAGUGAAAUCAAUUAAUUUAUGUAAAUUUACAUGAAUGGUACAUGUUUGAGGUGAUCAUGGAAAAUAAUAAGAUUAAUAUUGAGUUGAUUAUUACUAUGAUCAUAUAUUGUGCAUUGCUUUAAUCACACGUUUGUAAAUGUUCACGGUGAAUAACAGCUUUCAACUCUGGAACUGCGCUAACUUGCUGUCAACGAUCCUUGACACAUCUGUGUGAAGCAUCUGUUCCCAUAUCUUGUUAAUCAAUACAGUUUUUGUACCCUUUUUGAAUUAGAUAUCUUGUAUAUUUUUUGUCCUAUUUGCUGUUUUAUUGUGACCUUAUCACGUCUUUGAUACCUCUGUAGUUUUCAAUGUGUACAACUUGUUAAAGGUUUUUUUAUGGCCAGUAUAAAUACGUAUUUACUCCUUCUUUGACAUGUGUAGCAACCAGCUUGAAUCCACACUGGCAUAGAUAUAUCUUAGCUUUUAUGUGCUCAGUUGGUAAAAAAACCCGUUGUUUACUAGCCAUUUGGCCUAGCCAUUUAUCAUACACCUCGACCAAGUAUACUGAUUGGAAUUUUCGGUAUUGUUUGGUUAUAGGUUCCUUGUUCAGUCCGCGGCAGCAAGUUUGUGAAUCAUUGGCCCUUCAGAGAAAAAAAGGCUUUAAGCUGUUUUCUCUCUAAAUUUUAGCAAGUGCUUUCAAUAUUGCCAAUUUUUUUUCGGUUAAAAACUUUACAGUAUGAAACUUGCUCUUGAGCAACAGAUAUGUUUGGAAACAUACUUGCUAGAUACAUAUAUAUUUGGUCAAACCAUCAUUUAAGCACUGCCUUUGAUGUAUAUUCAUGGCUAGUGUCCAGUGUUUAAAAUAUUCUAUUUAUCAACGGUUAUUGUGUUGAUUGUUGCUCCAAUGUUGAAAUUGGGCCCGACCUCUGUCUGAGGGGUAGGAGGUCAUUGAAGGGCUGAAACCAAACACAGACCUCAUGAUACGAACCAGGAUACUAUUUUGCAGUGGAUUGAGAGCAUGUGUCCAAAACAUCUUUAUCAAAUGUACAUAUGAUUUUGAGCCCACUUUGUCGUUAGACAGAAGAAAGACUUUCAUGAUGAGGUCAAAAUGUCAAACCAGCACCAAAAGGGCCAAAAUCCAAAAGCCAGUACCAAAUGUUGACUGUCAUGUCCAGAUAGAGAAUGAAAUCAUGCAUACAAAUCAUGCAUACAAAUCAUGCAUACUUCACGAUUGAAAUCAUGAUGCGUAAGUGUUUCCUUUCAGCCUUCGACACCUGUGUGCAAUCUUUAGUUAACCAUGGACUCAUUGUUUGCAGAGAACUUCUCAAGUGAAUAUGAGCAUGCAGCACCUUUCAUAUGAUGAUUAUGAUUUAGGACUAAAUACAUGUCUUAUUUUGAAUUGAUAAAACAAGAAUCCAACCAAUUCUUCAUACUCUUUCAUACAUAUGUAUGUUAAAUAUUUUCCUGGCUCAAGUAUUAAUAUUUGUACUACUUUUACAAAAUACUAUCAACAUUUGGGACAAGAUUUUUUUAUUAUUUGUUUCUGAGCAUAUGUUUCAACUGCUGAUAUUCAUUCAGAAAUAAAGUACCGUAUUCGUCGUAAUAAGUGACCUGUUCGCUUUGAAAAUUGACAUGGGGUGCUUAUUAAAAAGCAUACACAAUAGGUUAAAUCUGUUAUUAGAGAUUAAGCAGUAGUGAACAAUCUUAGAUGAAACUUAAGCUUUAAUAAUAUUUACAAGGCAAUUAUGAACCUUUUCCGUGCUGCAGAUAUCCAUAAUAUUAAAUCUGUUAUGUAAAGGUUUUUGUAGUGGGUGCCUGUCAAGAUUACUUAGAGAUUGGUCAAGAAUUUGGACAUGGGUCGCCUACUUAUUGGAACAGGGUGGUUAAUGAGGCGAAUACGGUACCUGUAGAUGUUUCCUGAAGAAGAUUGUUUAGACAGAGGGAGGGUGUGUGACAUGUGGUCCGCCCGGUGUGCUGAAAUCAAGGCCGUUAAUGGAAUGGAAAUCGGUGAUGUAGUCACCUUUUUUCUGCUGUGGGAACACAGGCUAGGAAGACCACAAUUUAUGAAGAAUGUUUUCACAUAUUGUCAUAAUUUGUCCGGUACUGUUGCUGGCAAAAUCUCGAGUGAUUUAGUGGUGAUUUGCAAAAAAAAUGGUGAUUGCAAGCUUGUGUGGUGUAUUUGUACAGCUAUACGGAAAGGAUUUUAAAGAUGGAGAGUUUUGUAUCCCUUUCCACCAAUCUCUUUGACAGAAGAAUGAUGUCACUUGAUUGUCUCUGUGUGUUACUGAUUCAUGUUUGUUCAUUUUUUCAAAAUAUGAAAUUUUGAUUUCUUUGAUCCCAAUUCCAAUUCAUUCUACAACCCAGUUCAUUUGACUGAUUCAAAUGAAAGUCAAAGUAAUUUCAAAAUAUUUAUCAGAAUGAACAUGAUUAACAAGAAUUAGCAUUUUGAAUUAAAUGGUUCUCACUUAAUGUUUUCAUAUUGUAUAUUACAACGGGUAUUACAUCGUGUAGAAAAACAAAUUGAUAAACAUUAUCGCAAAUAGUUUAUCCCAAACUAAUCUAGAGUUAUCCCCCUUUGUUGAAGGGAGGAGAAUUUCACACUGAUAAUUGUAUUCAAAUGGUGUAAAUUCACCCAAUAUUCUAUGUUUAAUGAGAUGGGGUUUUAGUGUUAUGAUGCUCCAUUUGCAUGAAAGAUAUAUAGUAACAUGUAGGACUUGCCAAGUAUGAUAACUCUUUUCCUGUUUUGUUUAUGUAGUCCAAUAUUGUAGACGUGUUACUUUGAUUUGAUGAUGAAUCACUUAUGCAUCUACAGGAGAGAAAAUAUUGAAAAUAUUUCAGAGCCUAGAAGUGAAUCAUUGUCUAAUACUUGAAAACUUGUUUGUACACAAUGUCGUGUGUUGUGUGAUUGACAUGUGUCACAAAUGACUGAUUAGAUAUUUGUUUAUUUUUCACCUCACCAUUUGUAAUUUAUUCAGCUUUGAUUAAAUUGCUAUGUCAUAUGCGCUUCUGUAUAACAUUGUUAUUGGUGGAGCCACAUUUGAUAGACUUACUGAAAUAUUGGUUUUUGAUUGUUUUUUGCCAUGAAUAUGAAUAGUGGUUAUUUAUUAAUCAUUAUUGUUUAUUUUAAAUUUUGUUUUUGGGAUGUAUUUAUAAGCAAAUAGAAAAGGACAAAUUCAUAUCUUUUUAAGAAAUCAUUUAUAAUUGCUUUUUUUUAAUUAAGGAUUAGAUUUGGCAUAAAUUUUCAUAAUUCAAGGGGUGCACGGGUGGCCAUGUCUAAGGCGCCGCAAUUUGCUGUGCAGAGUUGCGUCCCUUAGGCAUGCCAGGAACCUAUGACCAUUUGUUUGAAUCCCAGGAUUGUUAGGACAAUAUCCAUGUGUGUGUGGUUUUGACCAAAGUGGUAAACGUCUAAGACCUGCAUCACUUCAGGCUUUCCUCCCACAUGAGGCUGACACACUGUGACUUAACCGUUUCUACUGUUCAAAGCAGUGUCUAAUAAAACACACUCAAAUAAUUUUAAUAAGUCAUAUUAAUAUUUUUUCCAUGUUGAUAUUUUUUUCAAAUAUUAGACAGAAAACAGCUUGAGAAUUUAUUUGAAAUCUGUUCAAUUGAUGGCAAGAUAGGAAAUAAACUAAUGUUGACACGGAAUAGGAAUAUUUCAGUAAGCCUACCCAAAGCUGCCCCACCGAGUAUACUCAGGGUGGAAAGCGUAUGUGAUUGCUGGUACUACAAAAUGACCUGUUUGUAUAUGUGCAGCUAUCCAUGUAUUGUAGUGUAGGACCAUCUCCGGUGGUCAGCCUGUUAAAGCCACUGCCUGUCUGGAACCACCACCAGCGCUGCUUACUACACUUGGCGCUAGCGCCUUGACGUGAGGGCGUUAGAUCACUUGCUACACUUGUGAGAUCGUUAGAUCACUUGCUACACGUGUGAGGGCGCUAGAUCACUGGCAGGCAGUCUGUGUUUGUUCAUGAUUUCCGCAUGAUAAUAAAUACUUGCUAAGCAGUU